AUGCUAACACUGCCGAUCACCGUCUUCUUCGCGAUCGCCGCUACUACUCCCAUCGAUACGCCCCCUAUCAACAGCGUUGCCCUUUCCGAAGUUACUGGAAACUCGCUAUUCACACGUGCAAAGGUCGAAUUAGUUACUUACGGAAACCCACAGUCCCCCCUAUGCAACGCCAAGGUUGGUCGGCCAGGCGGCGUGUAUACUUGUCCAGGCCCAAACUUCACUCCCACCGCCACAGAACAAUGCGAGUGGCACUCACCUCCCGAUCCAGGCUUGUCAUCAUGUAUCACCUUUGCUCCACCUAGGGCCCUUCCUCAGUCGAUCGGCCCUGAUCCAGGUGGCUAUUGCAUCCUUUUCUCGGGAAACGAAUUACGCUUGGAUGUCCUGGUCUGA